AUGGCUUUUCUUUCUCUCAUGAGUUCCAUUCCGCCGCCGCCGUACGAGGAAGACGAGGUUCUUGCGGCGGAGGGUCUGAUCCUCCUCUCCCAAAACUCCGCCGUUUUAAUUAGCAGCAGGUCAAACUCAGAACCGCCCUUUCCCGGUAGUCGAGUAGCGGUCCAGAACCGGGGCCACAGAACCAGCUACAGCGUCGGACCGCCGGCUGCAUCGGACGGCUGGAGCCUCGCCACGUGGACGCCGGUCCGGCGGCUGUUUCAUCAGUGCGCCACCUGCGGUAGGGAUUUUCCGACCGGCCAAGCGCUCGGCGGCCACAAGCGCAUGCACUACAACGGUACCGUUAUCAGAAUCGCCGCCUCCCGUCGUACUAGAGCUUUCCGCGGCGCCGCUUCCUCCGCCGCCGGCCGCCGUAGCUCCGAUCAUUUGAAUUAA